AAGCCUAUGAGAAGUGAUGGUAUGUUUGACUCAAUCAAUGUUUACAUUUUAUUACAAUCGAUGUAAUGAUUGUUUUGUGAUUAGGUUUGCAGUAAUUGUCGUGAAAUAGCCGUCAAUAGUAUAUGAGAUGACAUUUGAUUUGAGAAUAGCUGUGGUUUGCAGUAGUAAUCAGAACCGAUCGAUGGAAGCGCACGCCGUCCUCAGUAAGAAAGGGUUUAAAGUGAGAUCUUUCGGCUCAGGAAAUCAGGUGAAACUUCCCGGACCCGCUCAGGACAAGCCUAAUGUCUAUGACUUUGGCACCACUUAUGAAGAGAUGUAUAAAGACCUGCUCUCCAAAGACAAAAACCUAUAUACUCAGAACGGAAUCCUCCAUAUGUUGGACAGAAAUCGUCGCUUGAAGUCAUGUCCCGAACGCUUCCAAUUGUGUUACGAACAGUUCGAUGUGGUGUUCACUGUCGAGGAACGCGUCUACGACCAAGUGGUCGAAGAGCUGUCACUUCGGACGCCAGUGGACAACACGACGGCCCAUAUAAUCAAUAUAGACGUUCAGGACAACCACGAAGAGGCCACUAUCGGGGCGUUCCUUAUAUGCGAAAUGGCAUUAAUGAUGGCUCAGUCCACAGACCUCGACAACGAUAUCGACGAACUCUUACAGGAAUUUGAAAAUAAGGCCGAAAGACCUCUUUUGCAUACAAUUGCCUUUCAGUAGAGUUUACAACCAAAUCGUGUGAAAUUAAAUCAAUAUUUAUUUGAUAUAAUAAAAAGUAUUUUAUAUUUUUUUCCAAUAAAAUAAUA